AGAUCCAGCUGGAUUAACAUCCACGACCUCGAGAUCCGGGACCGGUGCCUCCGGGGGUUCGUGAUUGGGGGGAGAUCGGGCCGAAAUCGGAGGCGCUACAGAUCCGAAGAAUUCAGGUAUGAUCUGGAGAGCUACUCGUUGAAUUUCGAGGACGAUGCUCACCGCCGGGAGGACGAGUUGGCGCUCGGCGGAUUCGCGGCCAGGCUGCCGGCUACUCCCGAUAGGUAUUCGGCGGCGGUGGAAAGCUGGAACGGCAAGAGUUCGUCGGUGUUGGCAGGAGUUUGGAGGACGGAGAUUACUGCUUGGAGUUAG